AUGAAUGCCUCUCUAGCACCUGGUUCGGAGCUCUGGAUGUUUAAUGAGGUUCAAGAGUAUGAGAGGGAAAAGAAGCUCACUGAUGGUGGUCUUGACCUCGGGCGUCUAGCAAACAUACAACUCGUUCACCGUGUAGGAAACACUGUUACACGCCGUCACUUGGAGAGUCUUCCACCAGAAUCCUUUGAUUCUAUCCUAGUUCUGCCUGAUGAGUCGAGGGAAGAUUCGGCGAUUCAAGCUGAUUCCAGAUCGCUUGCAACAUUGCUUUUGAUUCGCGAUAUUCAGGCAAAGCGGCUUCCUCGUCGAGAAGCUACCGUGUCUCAAUCUCACAGAGGAAGUUUCUCUCAAGGUUCAUGCAUGAGGGAAAAGCAGCAGGCUUCAAAUAGAUCGGUUAUUAUUUCUGAAAUCUUGGAUCCAAGGACUAAAUACCUGCUUUCUGAAACCAAAAUCAGUGAUUGUGUCUCACCGAAUGAACUUGUCAGCAUGGCAUUGGCAAUGGUUGUGGAAGAUCGCCAGAUAAAUGUCGUGUUGGAAGAGCUCUUCGCUGAGGAGGGAAACGAGUGGCAAAUCAGGGAGGCAGAUCUCUACCUCCACGAAGGAGAGGAGUUGAGCUUCUACCAGAUACUGCUACGUGCCCGACAGAGGAGGGAAAUUGUCAUAGGAUACCGUUUAUUUAAUGCCGAGAAAGCUGUGAUAAAUCCCCCUGCCAAAACCAAAAACCGGAGGUGGUCUGUGAAGGAUGCUUUUGUCGUGAUAGCGGAAAUGGAAUGA